AGCAAGGAAAGAGCGAAGAAGAAAAGUCUCACUUUCCCCUCUCCUUCCGAGUCCUUGGCCUUCAAGAAACACAUAAAAAGGACCGCCUCGUCUCUCCUCGUAUAUCACGCUUCGCAAGCGAGGUCUUCUUAGAAAAACCGAAGUUUUUCUGCAAUUCUCAUACACCCAGAUCGCACAACGUAGUCAAAGGACUUGGAUAUGUGUCCUGGUUCAAAGAGUAGACUUUCUUCCAGAAGCGUUGCCAUGGAAGGCGAAUUUCAGAAACAGAGAGAUGGGUUUUUCUGUGACUGCUCGGUUUUGCUUGAAUUGUCUGCUACCGAUGAUCUCGAGGCCUUCAGGAGUGAAGUAGAAGAGAAGGGUUUCGAUGUCAACGAGGCAAGCUUUUGGUAUGGUAGAAGAAUUGGGUCGAAGAAGAUGGCGUUUGAAGAGAGGACACCUCUUAUGAUUGCUGCCAUGUUUGGUAGCGCUAAGGUUUUGAAGUAUGUAAUUGAGACUACCAAGGUUGAUGUCAACAGGGUUUGUGGUUCGGAUAAGGUCACUGCGCUCCACUGUGCUGUUGCUGGUGGUACCAAUUCUUCACUUCUGAUUGUUAAGCUCUUGCUUGAUGCAUCCGCUGAUGCUAAUUGUGUUAAUGCCAAUGGAAAUAAGCCUGUUGAUUUGAUUGGCCGUGCGUUGAAGUCAUCCUCCAAUUCAAGAAGGAAGGCGAUGGAGUUGUUGCUAAAUGGCGAUAAUUCAGUGGGGGAAGGUGAUCGAACUGUGAACCAAGAGGAAGCGCAGCAGAAGAUGGCCAUGCCUCAGUUAUCGAAGGAAGGAGCUGAGAAGAAAGAAUACCCUGUCGACGUGUCCUUGCCCGACAUAAACAACGGGAUAUAUGGGACGGAUGAGUUUAGGAUGUAUACUUUCAAGGUGAAGCCUUGCUCAAGGGCAUACACCCAUGAUUGGACAGAGUGUCCCUUUGUCCAUCCCGGGGAGAAUGCGAGGAGAAGAGACCCACGGAAGUACCCCUAUAGCUGUGUUCCUUGCCCAGAAUUCCGGAAAGGGACAUGCCAAAAGGCGGAUGCUUGUGAGUAUGCACAUGGUGUUUUUGAAUCCUGGCUUCAUCCUGCCCAAUACCGAACCCGGCUUUGCAAGGAUGAGAUGGGGUGCUCGCGCAAAGUCUGCUUCUUUGCUCACAAGCCUGAAGAAUUGCGCCCCUUAUAUGCUUCCACAGGUUCAGCGAUGCCUUCACCAAAGUCCCAUUCAGCUGGUGCAAUAGACAUGACAAUGAUGAGUCCAUUGGCUCUCAGUUCGUCAUCUUCGCCGAUGCCUACCACUUCAACACCACCCAUGUCUCCCCUGGCAGCCGCUUCAUCUCCCAAGAGUGGGAACUUGUGGCAAAACAAAAUUAAUCUCACUCCUCCUGCCUUGCAGCUCCCAGGUAGCCGGCUAAAGACUGCUUUGAGUGCUCGGGAUUUGGAUUUGGAGAUGGAAUUGCUUGGGCUAGAAAGUUAUGCUAGCCACCACCAGCAGCAGCAGCAAUUGAUUGACGAGAUAAAUCGUCUCUCGUCGCCGUCCCCCUGGAAUAAGGAGUUCAGCAGGAUUGGAGAUUUGAAACCUAACAACCUUGAUGAUGUUUUUGGAUCUCUCGAUUCUUCCAUGUUGUCCCAAUUGCAAGGACUUUCACUAAAAUCCUCGACACCAACCCAGUUGCAAUCUCCACAACCCAGUUACAAUCGCCAGAACAUGAACCAACUUCGUGCAAGCUACCCAACCAAUCUCUCUUCCUCUCCGGUGAGAAAACCCUCAUCCUUUGGGUUUGACUCAUCUGCUGCAGUUGCAGCAGCAGUGAUGAAUUCCAGGUCUGCAGCCUUUGCAAAGCGAAGCCAGAGUUUUGUUGAUCGUGGAGCAGGGAACCAUCGUGGGUUUACUGCUGCUGGCACUGCUGCUGGCAACUCUGUAUCUACCGUGUCCUCUGGUCUUUCAGAUUGGAGCUCACCCACUGGGAAAUUGGAUUGGGGCAUUCAAGGAGAUGAGCUGAGCAAGCUCAAGAAGUCUGCUUCUUUUGGGUUCCGAGACAACAAUGUGGCAACAACUAGAACCUUCAUGCCAUCUGCAGUUGAUGAGCCAGACGUCUCUUGGGUUAAUUCCCUGGUUAAAGAUGUUUCUCAUGACAGUUCUGGGCUGUUUCGCAAAGAGCAGCAGCAGUAUAAUCAUGUUAAAGGGGGUCAUGAGAUGAUUCCACCGUGGGUUGAGCAGCUGUACAUAGAGCAGGAGCAGAUGGUGGCAUAAGGAAAACAUCUCUGCCUAAUUUGCUCCUACAUUAUAUUGACGAAGCUUGAUAUUCUUUGAAUUUAUUUAUUUUUGUCUAUUUAGUAUUCAAUAAUUGUAUUUAGAGAUAGGAGAAGUGAGAAAGGCCAUAGAGAAACGAAUUUCAGGUCAAUCAAGGCCUAUAAAUUUGUGCAGGAAAAACCUGUUCCUGCUAGGUUAGUUAGAAUAUUGAGAAAGAUCGAUGGAGCAAAGAUGGUGAUUUUUUAUUUAUUUAUAUCAUAUUCUUGUAUUUUUUACCCUCUCCUUUGAGGGUCUAUUUAUUAAUAUUGAAAUGAUACACGAAUCA